AUGGCGUCCCUUCUCUCGACGUCUACAGAGAUUCUUCGCAUUAUAUUUGCGUCCCUAUCGCACGGCCAUCUUGCCGCUGUCUGCCUUACGCAUAGGGACUUACGAUAUCCUGCUGAGCCAUUUCUCUACGCCCACAUUCGAUGGACGUGGUCAGACUCCCAGCACCCUCCAAUCGCUCAAUUCUUGCGAAGCAUCGUUCAGAGGCCCGAGCUCGCAACUUAUGUCCACGAUGUGGUCCUCGAUGGUGACAGUUUCGACGAGGGCGUAGAUGACCCAGGAAACGCAAGCCCCAAAAUACCAGUUACAGCACUUGUCGUGAAUGAGCUAGCGGGGCUUGUUGCAAGGAUCAAUGUUCCAUAUGCUGAAGAAUGGAUCCAAGAGCUACGCGCCGGAUCGAUGGACGCGUUUACCACUCUUUUUAUAUCACAACUCCACAAUCUGAAACGUCUCUUCCUUGACAAAAAUUACAACCGAGAGACCCGCCUCAGGGGCAUGAUGUUCCGGUCGGCACUCUGCGAGGAGUCCACAAAUAGCCAUCUCAGUUCUUUCACAUAUCUUGAAGAUGUGUCCGGAGAUUCUGCCUGCCUUCACUACGAUAUUCGCAGGAAAACGCAAACGAGAAACACACAAGACAUCCUCCCUCUCUUCUACCUACCAUCAGUCAAAUAA